AUGGAGUCCGUGGUGUUCGACCAGUCCCCUCUCGCCGACUAUCUUCGAGAUGAAGGCGAAGAUGGCCAGGCCGAGUGGGCGCAAGCCGAACCCGAUCUCGACUCCUCACCACCCUCAAGCCCCGGCUUCGCACCGACAGGACUCCCCAAGGUCCGCUCACGAUUCCGCAACAAAAUACCCGAGCCUCUGAAAGUUGAGAUUCCGAACCAGACGCCGGCAUCGCUCAACUACUUUCGACGAAGCUACUCUACCGCUGUAGCGAACAGGAUAGACCGCGCCGACAACUCCAAGUUUAUCGAGCAAUUUCGCUAUACGAUUGUCGCAUCCCAGCUCCUGAGCGGACACUCAAUUACCGGCCAUAAUCAUGCGAGCUCUCGGCACCUGCCGAACGCGGAACACGGACAGGGGAAUGACAACGGCCUUCUAGACUCCACCGGGGCUCUCGGUGCAGUAUUGGGAGCCCUGGCAUUGGCGUUUGCCAUCAGCUGGAUUGUCGGAGGGGGGUCCCUGACGAAGAAGCGUCUCGCCGUUCUGCUUGCCACUGCGGCGAUCGCUGCAGGGGUUGCACAGGUGUUCAUGCGCAGGCAGUGGUUGCGGUACCGUCGCCACCAGGCGUUAUCUGAAGUCACUGCGUUUGUUUCGAACGCCCACGAGUUCGACAGCGCCACCGGCGCGGCCAUAGCUCUGAUCCAGGAGGUCGAGCUCGUUUCGCGGGGCUACAGGCUGAGCGCACCGCUGCCGCCGAUCAGCCGAAUGGAGGACCGCACACAGACGCGGAGGUGCGUGCGCCUGCGCAAAGCCCUCCGUGUGUGUCUCGUAGAAGUCCUCCAGGCGUAUGACCAGACCUUUACCGUCGUCAAGGGAUUCUCCGAGCAGCUGGAUCUGGAAAAGUAUUUUGACAUUUACGACGUCAGCGAUCUGGACGUUUCAGAUGCGCAGCACGGUCUCGUCGAGAGCGACCCAGAGGACGCGGAGUCGCUGCGCAUGCUCAAGAUUGCAGCUUCGCGAUUCCACACCAUGCGCAAGAUGGCGCUUUGCGCUCUGCUGGCUCUUGACGCCAGUGGUGACAGCAGCGAUCUCAUGCGUUGGACGACCGCCGUAGAAGCUCUCCGUGCGCUCAAUAUGUCUACGUCUUCGAGUUUCGAACGCCUCAAGACGAUACUGAGCGAGCAGGAAUCAUUCCCCACGCCGCCCACACCUAGAAUGCCGCUCACACCGGGACGAGAACGUUGGAGGGGCCAAUUGCGCAAAUUGAACUCCCUCUCGACAGGCAUUCGAGGCCUGCAAGCCAAGUUGCAGCUGCUGAGGGAGGAAUCUGACCGGACACUGAAUGAAUCCGACGAUAUUUCCGAAAUGGGGUCCAAUCUCAUGUCUCAAUACGAAUCAAUCGGCGUCGACCUCAAGGCGUUGAUGCAAGCCUGGGAAGAGGGCAAGGCGGCUCUUGCCGUGGGUAUCGACCGGAACGAGAAACGCCUUUCAUCGAUGAGUACGCUCUUGUCACCGACGAGCUCCAUCAGCGGCCCCACGGUCGUGGAAGAAGGAGGUGGCGCCAUGGAAGCUCUCAAAGCCCUCAAUGGCGAACUCCCUUCGAGUCAUGCCAGCAGCAAUGCAGACAGCGACGAGAUAUUCGAAGCCGUGGCCAUGCCACGCCCUCGCAGCUUACUGACGAGAGAAGAACGAAUCGUCAAGAUGAAGGAGGAUCGCGACAGGAGGGAAGAAACAAAACGGCAGUCCGAGGCCAACAGGGGCAUGCUCCGCGAGCUCGAGAUGGUCAUCAACCUUCGCCCGCGGCCGCGAACCAACACAACUCCUUCACGCACAGCACCCUCACGAAUCGUUUCCAUGUAA